AUGGAGCCAUGGACAAAGUUGGAUCUCUCCAAGGAUUUCACGCGACUGACUCUUGACACUGUAGCACUUACGUGUCUUGAUCACCGGUUCAACAGUUUCUACCAUUCGACAAGUCUCCCAACUUUUGUUCAACAAAUCGACUUUGUCCUUGCAGAAGCAGCAACAACAGCAACUCUUCCCGACUGGAGCAUCCCACUGAGAUUCUCCCAGCGAAAGCAGUGGGCCAAGUCUGUGGCGUAUAUCAACAAGGCAUGCCAGGACAUGAUCGACGCUCGCCGUGAAGCUGGCGAGCAGAGCUCGCGCAAGGAUGUUCUGAGUGCCAUGGUCUUUGAGAAGGAUCCGAAGACAGGCGAAAGCUUGACAGACGAGCAAAUCAUUCAUAACAUGCUGACUUUCCUAUCUGCCGGCCACGAAACGACAAGCGCUACACUAGCACUGGUAUGCUACUUCUUGUGCGAACACCCCGAGGCCCUGAAGAAGGCCCGGGCGGAAGUGGAUUCUGUGGUGGGAACAGACACCCUCGGCAUUCAGCAUAUCCAGAAGUUGCCCUAUUUGGAGGCUACGCUACGAGAGACAUUACGUCUGGUGCCAACUGCCCCUGCCUUCUUCGUCACCCCUAAGCGGGAUGAGAUUAUUGGCGGUAAGUAUUUCGUCAAACAGGGCGAGAGCCUCUGUGUUGCCCUUGAGGUUCUGCAACGCGAUCCAGAGACAUACGGGGACGACGCCGCCGGUUUCAGGCCCGAACGCAUGUUGCAGCCUGGGGCAUUCGAUAGCAUAGACGCCUUUGCAUGGAAACCAUUCGGCAAUGGCUUGAGAGGAUGCAUUGGCAGAACGUUUGUUUGGCAAGAAUCUUUAAUCCAAUAUGAUUACUGA